CAUAUACAUUGUGGAUUAAGUUAUCAAGCAAAUGAUUGGCUACAAAUAAAUAAAUAUAUAGAUAGAUAAGGAAAGGAAAGAAGCCAUUCAUUAAAUUCAAUAAAAAAGAAGAAAAAACAAUGAAAGAGGUUCAAAAUCGUCUUCACUAUCUUCGUAAACUAUCAACUUUCUUCACAAAACCAAUUGUCUAUAUUUCUCUCCUUUUCUCGUUUGCUGUCGUGGGUUACCUCUUUUCUUCGUCUAAAUCCUCUGAUCAUUAUCGUUUCGAUAACAUCGUUUGCGCCAAGCCCGAACCCGCCCAUGUUGUGCGCAACAAUCUCAUCGACGCAUUCUUCAACGGUGCAUCUCCAUACUUAAACUUUCCUCCAAAACAUGUGGCCAAUCUUUUAACUCCUGCCAAAAUUAGUGGUUGGGAGUCAAACAAUGCAGUUUUUGGUAAUCUCAUGAAGAAGUACCGACCGAAGAUCAUCAUUGAGAUAGGUACUUACUUAGGAAUGUCUGCCAUACACAUGGUGGAAUUAUCUAAAGAGUUGGGCUUAGAUUCACAAAUAAUAUGUAUUGAUAAUUUUAGGGCAUGGCCGGGAUUGGAUAUACCGAUGAUAAAUGGUGACGUAUUGUUGAUGUAUCAGUUUAUUCAAAAUUUGGUCCAUAAGAAUGUGACGGAUUCAGUGGUUUAUCUUCCUUACUCGGCAACAAUAGCUUUGGAUAAAAUGUGCGCGAUGGGAAUAUAUGGAGAUAUGAUUGAAGUUGAUGCGGCUCAUGAUUUUCAUUCAGCUUGGAGUGAUAUUAAUCGGGCUUAUAAGGUUCUGGCACGUGACGGUGUAAUUUUUGGGCAUGAUUACUUCAAUGCUGAAGAUCAAUUUGGUGUAAGAAGGGCCGUGAAUUUGUUUGCUAGAGUUAAGGGUCUUCGCGUUGGAACUGACGGUCAUCAUUGGGUCAUCCAUCCUAGCUAAUUCGUCGUUAAUUUAGUUUUGUCGAUGGGUUAUUUAAUAAUGUUUCAAGCAUAAAAUUAUCUACUAAGGACCUAGAUAGGUAAGGUCGAAUUCCUCGUCUUCUUUUGUGGUCCAAAUAAUUAAUGGAGUCUUUGAUAAUAUUCAAAGUAUAAUUUGUAACAUAAUGAUUUUCUAUUAAAAUUGUAGAAUUUUACCCCAAACUUUUAGUUUUGGAUUUGGAAUGUAUUGCAACUUAUUAUUUGUGA